GUCAGUCUGACGUCGGCUGCCCGGGUGUGCGGCUGCACUACUCUGUUGCAGAAGGUCACGGCUCAACAGUGAGUUUAUGCGCAUUCCUACGUGAAAAUGAGUCGAUUUGCUAAUAUACUGAGAAGGACGUUUGGGGUGAUCAAAGAGCACGUGGGAACAGAUCAUCUUGGGAAUAAGUAUUAUAUGAUACCAGAACAGAAGACAUGGACAGGAAGAGUCGUACGGGCAAAGAGGAUGAUGAUUGCCUUCAACCCAAAUGAAUUUGAGUAUGUAGAGGGUAACAUACCCUCAGAAUGGGAUGCAUGGAUCCGCGGUCGCCGAAAGCUUCCCCCUAGUAUUGAGGAGCUGGAGAAGAACGAGCGCUACAGGGUGGAGAUCAAAGUGAAGGCACGGGAGGCAGAGGAGAAGGACCUGGCUCUGCAGGCCAAGGAGUACGAGGAAGGACUUGUAGCCCGACCAGCACUGACUCUGGCCAAAGGCCACGCCGCCGCCACCCCGUUUGGCAAACCAGAGGCCUCUGAAGAUCCAGUGAGCACUGGCGGCUCCUUCCAGCCAGGGUCCUGGCUCCCGGGAUCCAAGAAAUAAACGAGACCGAGGCAUGCCCACCUUUGGCCCCCCCGACUCAAAUGGAAUUGUGAAGCCUUACGGACGCUAGUCGCGUUAGCACUAAAUGGAACUGUACCUCCUUACCUAUUUACCUCCUUACAUAUGACGAGGUGCAACUAGGAUGGGUCGGUUACUGUAGUGGUCUCUCUCAUCAGGCAGAGGUGGGACAGUGACGGUAUUUGAGGAGCCAAUCCAGAUGCUGCUCUUUUUAAGUGCAGAUCCUGAUGUGGACGGGAUUCGUACUCCAACACAUAUUUUGAUACUGUUUUAAGGAAAGGCAUUUUGUAAAGCUGCAGCUGUGGUUUCUUGUCCCAGCGUGUGUGCUGGACAGUGGGACAGACAGCAGAGAGUGAGAGGUGAAUGGGAUAUUAUGAAUAUUCUAUAUUCUUUGAUUUUGUUCCCCCUUUUACCCCAAUGUAUCUCAUUUACAUCAAAACAAAUGCUUCACCUUCAUAGAAAUGAAUGUGUGGUGUGUUCAAACAUUCAAUGUUUAAGUUAUGAUUUGCUGGAUUGGUUUUGUCAAAUAAAAUGAAAGGAAAUAUA